AUGGAUGAUAUAAGUUCAUUAGAAUUUGGUGAUAAUCAUUAUAAACCUCAAAAAAGAAUAUUAACUUUCCUAUUCAAAAAUAAGAUAUACCCAAUACCAAAUGACAGUGAAAGAAAAUUACAUCCUAAAAAAUCAAGUAAUUUAAUUUUUAAAAUCUUCUUUUGGUGGGCUACUCCAUUAAUGACUAUAGGUUAUACAAGAACUUUACAACCAAAUGAUUUAUGGAUUUUAACUGAUGAUUUAAAAUUGGAGGGCAAUUAUGAGAUAUUUGAAAGUUAUUUAGAUUUAGAAAUUACAAGAGCCUCAUUACAACAUUUAGAAGAGAAAUGUGCAAGUAGAAAUGAAUCAUUAGAAAAUUCAACUAUUUCAAAAGAAGAAGAUUUAAAAGAUUUUAAAUUAUCUGCAAAAAGUUUAGCAUUAGUUUUAUUUUUAACUUUAAAAAGAGAAAUUAUUAUAUCAGUUUUAAUGGCUGUUAUUGCAUUUACUUGUUGGUCAGUAACUCCAUUAGUUACUAAAUAUUUAAUUAGAUUUGUUGAAGAAAAAACAUUGGGGAUUGUAACAAAAGUUGGAAAGGGUAUUGGAUAUUCAAUUGGAGUUGUUUGUUUAAUGUUUAUAAGUAAUAUUUUAUUUAAUCAUUUUUUAUAUAUUGGAUCAGUUAUGGGUGCAAAAGUUAAAGCUAUAUUAACAAAAGCUAUAUUAGAUAAAUCUUUCAAAUUAAAUUCUGAAUCAAGACAUAAAUAUCCUCAAAGUAAAAUUACAAGUUUAAUUACUACAGAUUUAUCAAGAAUUGAAAUUGCUUGUUUAUUACAACCUUUAUUAUUAUGUUUACCUGUUCCAAUUAUUAUUGCUAUAGUUAUAUUAAUUGUUAAUAUUAGAGUUUCAGCUGUUAUUGGUGUUGUUAUAUUUAUUAUUUUCUUGGGGAUUAUAUCAAUUGGAGCAAAAAAAUUAUUUGAAUAUAGAGAUAUUGUAUCAAAAAUAACUGAUAAAAGAGUUAAUUUAAUGAAAGAAAUUUUAAAUAAUUUAAAAAUGAUAAAAUAUUAUUCAUGGGAACAUCCUUAUCAUAAAAAUAUAAUGAAAGUAAGAGGUGAAGAAAUUAAUAUGAUUUUAAAAAUUCAAACUUUAAGAAAUGUUAUAUUUUCAUUAGCUAUGACAUUAACUGGUAUAUGUGCAAUGAUUGCUUUUAUUAUAUUAUAUGCUAUACAAGGUUCAACAAGUAGUCCUGCUACAAUGUUUUCAUCAGUUACAUCAUUUGAAAUUUUAGGUAUGAUGGUUUUUUUUAUACCACAAGUUUUAUCUACUACUGUUGAUAUGAUUAAUGGAUUUAAAAGAAUUGGUUCAUUAUUGUCUGCUCCUGAAGAACAAAAAUAUGAAGGUUAUCGAACUUUUGAUAAUAAUAAGGAUAAAGAUUCAAUUGUUUUAACUAAUGCAACUUUUAAAUGGGAUGAAUUUAGUGAUAAUGAAGAAGAUGAAGAUGAUGAAGAAUCUGAGAAGAAGAAGAAAGAGAAAGAGAAGGAAGAAGCAAAGAAUAAGAGAAAAUGGUGGAAGAAAUCUAAUAAAACAAAGAAGGAUGAACAAAUUAAUGAAGAUAUUAAAUUGGAGAAUUUAAGUAAUUCUGAUUCAGAUGAUAAAAAAGAUGAAGAUGAAGAUUCAUCAUCAAAUUUCAUAGGUUUUAAUGAUCUUAAUUUACAAAUUAAAAAAGGAGAAUUUGUUGUUAUUACUGGUAUUAUUGGUUCAGGUAAAACUUCAUUAUUAAAUGCUAUUGCUGGUUUUAUGACUUGUGAAUCAGGUACAAUUGAUAUUAAUGGAUCAUUAAUUUUAUGUGGAGCUCCAUGGAUUCAAAAUAAUACAAUUAGAGAAAAUAUAACAUUUGGUUCUAAAUUUGAUCAAAAAUUUUAUGAUGAUGUUAUAUAUGCAAGUGCUUUAAAUGUUGAUAUAGAUAAUUUAGAAGGUGGUGAUUAUACUGAAGUUGGUGAAAAAGGUAUUACAUUAUCUGGUGGUCAAAAAGCAAGAAUUAAUUUAGCUCGUGCAAUUUAUGCAAAUAAAGAAAUUAUAUUAUUAGAUGAUGUAUUAAGUGCAGUUGAUGCUAGAGUUGGUAAACAUAUUUUAAAUAAUUGCUUUUUAGGUUUAUUAAAAGAUAAAACUAGAAUUUUAGCUACUCAUCAAUUAUCAUUAAUUGGUCAAGCUGAUAGAAUUAUAUUUUUAAAUGGUGAUGGUACUAUAAAUGUUGGUACAAUGGAUGAAUUAUUAAAAGUUAAUAAAGAAUUUAAUAAUCUUAUGAAAUUUAGUAAAUUUGAAGCUGAAGAAGAAAAAGAAGAAGAAGAACUUGAAGAAUUUGAUUUAGGUGGUAUAGAUGAGAAAACUGAAAUAAUUCCAACAUUAACAAAAUCUCAUGAUUCAACUCAACAAUUAACUAAAAGAAGAACAAGAUCAGAAACUAUUAUAUCAGAAGAAGAUGAAGAAUAUAAAGAUUACAAUUUAAAUAAAGAUAAAUCAAAAGGUAAAUUAAUUACAGAAGAAGAAAGAGCAAUAAAUAGUAUAAAAUGGGAUAUUUAUAGUAAUUAUUUAAAAUAUGGAUCAGGAUUUUUAAAACCAAUUGGAUUUAGUUUAGUAUUUGUUUUAUUAUUAUCAAUAUCAACAUUUUUAGAAAUUUUUGCAAAUACUUGGUUAUCAUUUUGGGUUGGUCAAAAAUUUCCAAAUAGAUCAAAUGGAUUUUAUAUUGGACUUUAUGUUAUGUUUAAUUUAUUAUGGGUUAUUAUGUUAACUUAUACUUAUGUAUUUUUAGUUACUGGUACUACAAUUUCAUCAAAAAAUUUAAAUAUUUUGGCUAUUAAUAGAGUUUUACAUGCUCCAAUGUCAUUUAUGGAUACAACACCAAUGGGAAGAAUUUUAAAUAGAUUUACAAAAGAUACAGAUGCAUUAGAUAAUGAAAUUACUGAAAAUAUGAAAAUGUUUUUCCAAUCAAUUGCUAAAAUGAUUGGUGUAUUUAUAUUAUUAAUUAUUUAUUUACCAUGGUUUGCUUGUGCUUUACCUGCUAUUUUUAUUUUAUUUUUUUGUAUUGCUAAUUUUUAUCAAGCAUCAAAUAGAGAAGUUAAAAGAUUAGAAGCAAUAUUAAGAUCAUUUGUUUAUAAUAAUGUUACUGAAAUUUUAAGUGGUAUGAAUACUAUAAAAGCUUUCAAAGAACAAAAUAGAUUUUCAAUUUUAACUAAUGAUUUAUUAAAUAAAGCUAAUGAAGCUACUUUUGUUGUUAAUGCAAAUCAAAGAUGGUUAGGUAUUCAAUUAGAUAUGUUAGCAAAUUGUGUUAUAUUAUUAGUAUCAUUACUUUGUGUUAAUAGAGUAUUUGCUAUAAAUGCUGCAUCAGUUGGUUUAUUAAUGAAUUAUACUUUACAAGUUGCAGGAGAAUUAAAUAAUUUAGUUAGAACUUUUACUCAAGUUGAAAAUGAUAUGAAUUCAGUGGAAAGAAUUAUUCAUUAUGCUUUAAAAUUAGAUCAAGAAGAUGGUUAUAAUUUAAAAAAUGAUAAUAAUGAUGAUCCCAAUUGGCCAAACGAUGGCAGUAUUGAAUUUGUUAAUGCUAAUAUGAAAUAUAGACCUGGUUUACCUUUAGUUUUAAAAAAUUUAUCAGUUAAAAUUCAACCAAAAGAAAGAAUUGGUAUUUGUGGUAGAACUGGUGCUGGUAAAUCAUCAAUUAUGACUGCUUUAUAUAGAUUAUCAGAAUUAGAUUCAGGUCAAAUAUUAAUAGAUGAUGUUGAUAUUGCUACUUUAAAUUUAAAUGAUUUAAGAUCACAUUUAUCAAUUAUUCCUCAAGAUCCAGUUUUAUUUAAUGGUACAAUUAGAUCAAAUUUAGAUCCUUUCAAACAAAAAGAUGAUGAAAUUUUAUGGGAAUCAUUAAGAAGAUGUGGAUUAUUAACAAAUGAAGAAAUUUUAAAAUCAAAAAAUAUUUCAAAAGAUUCAGAAGAAUUACCAAAAUUUCAUUUAUAUCAAUCAGUAGAAGAUGAAGGAGAAAAUUUUUCAUUAGGUGAAAGACAAUUAAUAUCAUUUGCAAGAGCUUUAGUUAGAGAUUCUUCAAUUUUAUUUAUGGAUGAAGCUACAUCAAGUAUAAAUUUUUCAGCAGAUGCUUUAAUUCAGGAAACUAUAAGAACAGAAUUUAAAGAUAAAACUAUUUUAACAAUUGCUCAUAGAUUACAUACAAUUAUAAAUUAUGAUAAAAUUUUAGUAAUGGAUAAAGGUUCAUUAAAAGAAUUUGAUACUCCUUGGAAUUUAUUUAAUCAAACUGGAAGUGUAUUUAGAGAAAUGUGUGAUAAAUCAAAUAUUGUUGCAGAAGAUUUUGAAAGAAGGUGA